AUGAACAUCGCCGCCCGUGGGAGUUCCGCCGUCGACAUUAGACUACAUUUGACAAGUUCCUUUGACGCGCGCAGCGCCCUUCAGAUGCCUUGCACCUAAGCAAUAGUCAUAUUGUCGCCCACACAUCAAUGCACAGCACUAGCGUCGCCGGCUUGAGAGCCGGCGCGACGUUGCUGCACCAGCAGCGGCCUGCGCCGCUUCUGCACGGCUCCGCCACAGCCGGGCGCGACUCGCUUGUACUGCCGCGCGCAGCCCGCGACGCGCCCGCCUCCGGCCGCGGCAGCAGGCCCGCCGGCCGCGGCUCGCGUGACGGCGCCAGCAUGGCCGGCAGGGCGCCGCGCCGCGCGCCCGGCAGCGGAGGCCGCGGCGGCGGAGGCCUUCCAACCAAAGGCCGCCCGCCCAAAUCGGCUACGCCCAAGCUCGCUGAUGCUGACGCCGAGGACUUCGAGCUUGUUGAUGCCAACGGUGAUGACGCCGGCGCGGCGGCGGCAUCCAGUGACGGCCUGGAUGAUCUGGAUGCGCUGUUGUCCAACGCGGACGCGGUGAAGCAGCUGCGUGCCACACUGAUCGCCGGCCUAGUCGCCCAACACGAGGCGGCAAUGGCGGAGGAGGGCGAAGAGGGCGGCGCGACGGAGGCGGUGCCGGCGCCUGCGGCGCCUGCGGCAUCCGCCAGGGCUGCAAAGGCACCAGCAAAGCAGCAAGCCGCCGCUACUGCUGAGCCCACCGCCGCCGCCGCCGCCGCCGCGGCCACGGAAGCCGCGCCCGCACAGGCCGCCGCCGCUGCGGCGGCCGCGGCAGCGGCUGCUGCCGCCGCUGCCGCCGCAGCAGCCGCCACCGCCUCCGACUCUCCCGCCGCCGCGCCGCUGGUGGUGCUUAAAAAGGACAAGGCCCGGCUGUUCGUGUACGGCAACCCGAUGGUGUACGGCGGCGCGGUGGACUGUGUGAUUGGGCGGCCGCCGCCGGGGGUUGGCGACGUGGUGGUUGUGUGCGACGCCAACCGCCGGUCCAUCGGCUGGGGCGUGUUCAACCCGCACUCCAUGUUCCGUGUGCGGAUGCUGGCGCUGCAGACGGAGGAGGACGCCCAACCCUCGGGCCCGCUGGCGGCGGCGCGGCUGGACGUGGGGGCGCUGCUGCGGCUGCGGCUGGGGCAGGCGGCGGCGCUGCGGCGGAGCAUGGGGCUGCCGGGGCCCGAGACCAACGUGUACAGGCUGGUGAACAGCGAGGGCGACCGGCUGAGUGGGCUGGUGGCGGACGUGCUUGGGGACACAGUGGUGGUGCAGGUGGUGGCGGGCUGGGUGCAGAGGUAUCGGUCGGACGUGGAGGCGGCUAUUCGCGAGGCCACCGGCCUCAGCCGCAUCGUGUGGCGGCCCGCCUGGCGCAUCCUGGCGGAGGAGGGCCUCACGCCGCCGCCCGAGGAGCAGCAGCAGCAGCAGGAGGGCGCCAAGGCAGGCGCGGAGGAGGAGAGCGAGGCGGAGCAGGCGGAGAGGGUGGAGGUGCGGGAGGCGGGCCUGCGCUACUGGGCCAGUCCGAUGGGCCAGAAGACGGGUUUCUAUGCCGACCAGCGAGACAGCCGUGCCUUCCUGGCGCGAGUGGUGCGGGCGCAGGCGCAGCAGGCGAGUGGCAGCAGCAGCGGCAGCAGUGGCAGUGGCAGCGCCGGCCCAACGGUGCUGGACCUGUGCUGCUACAGCGGCGGGUUCGCGCUGUCGGCGGCGGCGGCGGGUGCCAGCCGCGUCGUGGGCGUGGACUCCUCGGAGGCGGCGGUGCAGCUGGCGGCCGCCAACGCCGAGCUGAACGGGCUGGGCGGUGUGGCCAGCUUCGUGCGGGCCGACGUUAGCGACUACAUGAGGGAGGCCGUGCAGCAGGGGCACCAGUACGACGUGGUGGUGCUGGACCCGCCCAAACUGGCGCCCGACCGGAACUCACUGGCGCGUGCCCGCAUCAAGUACACGCGGCUGAACUCACUGGCCAUGCGGCUGGUGAAGCCGGGCGGGCUGCUGAUCACCUGCUCAUGCAGCGGCGCCAUGACGCAGAGUGGAGAGUUCACGGAAAUGGUCAUCGAGGCGGCACGGCAGGUGGGGCGGCAGGCCACGGCGCUGCGCGAGGCGGGCGCGGCGCCCUGCCACUGCCUCAACCCGGCCUACCCCGAGGGCGAGUACCUCACCAACCUCACGCUGCGCCUGCUGUGAUGAUUCGGUGUGUGGAAAGGAGUCCAUGAAAUCCAGAGUUUAGCUGGGUGUGUGAUGUGGAUAACGAGGAAUGGAGGUAGUCGCAGGCCGGGCCGAGGCGAUGGGGGUCGCGUGCGGCGUGCGGCGGUGUGCGGUGUAAGGUUAGGCAGGCGCUUAUGGCUGCACGCACCUGUUGUGGUGGCAGCGGAGUGCGGCGGGGUUGGGGCCGAUGGGCACAAGGUGUGAGAGGGGUCGGAGGCUCAGGGCUGGGAGCAGUGCUGUUGCACGCAUGAAUGCAGGCGGAGGUGUCGUGUGGAUGGCGGCCUAGAAGAGUUGUCACGUGCGGGUGAGAGGGCGGCGGCGGUGGACUGGUGGAGAAGGAGCGAGUGUCAGCGGGGAUGUUGGUUUGGAGCGGGGGCGAGGGCCCGUGGUGGCAGGCGUUCGUGCGGCAGGCGAACGUGGGGGGCUGAAAUGUAUGGGGCUGUGUCGCCUCCCGACCCUGGUCGUCCGUCCGCCACCGACCGCCUGCAUUUGUGGUGAUGCCGCACCUACCCAAGCUAGGUGGGCCUGCGGCUGUGUCUGGCCCUGCACCUGACAAUGCUGUAACGCAGUGUCUGACUGCACGGUGUGGAGUAUGGCGAUGGACGUGAUUAGACGCGCUUGCGGGGUUUGACUGUGUGGGUGUGGCUGCAUGUACGGUAUGCGGCAGCCCCGCCGGCUGGCAUGGACAAAGGAAGCCCGAAGGCCGUACAACUGUAAUUACGUUAUGCA